AUGAAGGAUGAACAUAAUAUUAAAUUCACUGCUCAAGAUUUAUAUGACAAGAAAGCAGACAAAACAGAGCUUCAAACAUUAAAGACAGAAAUACUUCAAACAUUAUAUCCUAUAGGCUCUAUUUAUACGUCAAUGAACUCAACAAAUCCAGAAACAGUUCUGGGUUUUGGAACUUGGACUCAAAUAGUCGACAGGUUUUUGUAUUGUGCAAACUCUUCAAAGGAAACAGGUGGAAGUAAAACGAUUUCAGGUGAAAAUUUACCUGCACAUAGUCACUACAUAGAUUUAAGUACAUCUCAAGCAGGUUGGCAUAAGCAUAGAUAUUGGGAUUGGUCAGCAAUGAUAAAAGGUAAAGGAUAUGAUGUUAAAGACAACGUUAAGUUUGCUAUAGAUUGUUACUGGAGUAACACUGAGGGAGGAGGAAACCAUACACAUCGCGUUUCAGGAUAUACGCAAACAACGGGACAAAGUAAAGACUACAUGCCACCUUACAUGACAGUUUACGCAUGGUAUAGAAAUGCUUAG